UUCUCCUCAACUCUGUUUCAUCCCCAGUUUGAAGGAAUAUAUACUUGAAGUGAAACUGAAUAUAUUGAGUGAAGUGAAACUUCUUCACAGGAAGUUAAAUGAGCUGGUGAACUCAAUUUGAUUUUGUUGAAGCAACUGUCUGGGGGAAGAAGCUUGCUGUCUACAUUUUUCUGGAGCUGCCUUGAGGUGUCCCCGAUGGUGCUUAUUGGUCAGAUUAAAUGGUCAGCCCUGCUGCUGGCCAUAGUGGUCUCUUCUCUCUGCUUGGCCCUUCCCUUAGAUGAUGAGCGGGAAGUUCUUAUAAGGAAAGAAGAGAUGUUGCAAAUUGGGGGGGAGCUGUUGUUAACAGAACAAGAAGAGCUGGCUAAUGAGAAACUAAAGGCCCUCAAAAAAGUGGAGAUUAAUGAGGCAAUGAAGAAAAAUCAAUUUCCACCUAGUAUGCACUUCUUCCGGGCCAAGAAACUCAUUGAAGAAAGUAAGGUGUUCCAUGUCUUAAAGAAGAUGCCAAAAGGAGCUGCUUUACAUCUCCAUGACUUUGGCAUCUUGAGUGUUGACUGGUUGGUGAGGAAUGUCACCUACAGACCCCACUGCCAUCUCUGUUUCACUCCCUCUGGCAACCUGAAAUUCAGAUUUGCUGACCCUGCGCCUCCAACCCCAAAGCCAGAGGACUGCUCAGAGUGGAUUUUGCUAGAGAAGUAUAGGAGGCAACUGCAAAAUGUCACAGAGUUUGACAAUAGCUUGCUGCAAAACUUCACACUGGUGUUGGAGAAUCCCGAAAGAGCAUAUUCAGAUCAAGCCGUCAUUUGGACAAGGUUUGAAAACAUCUUUAUCACUGUUGAUGGGCUUGUCCAUUAUGCACCAGUAUUCAGAGAGUACUUUGCUAGAGGUCUGCAGGAGUUCUAUGAGGACAAUGUGCAGUACUUGGAGCUAAGAGCCACAUUGUACCCGGUAUAUGAAUUAAAUGGACAAACAUAUGACCAAGAGUGGUCACUGAAGACUUAUCAAGAAGUAGCCCAGAAAUUUGCCAGAGACCACCCUGAUUUCAUUGGAGUCAAAAUCAUUUAUAGUGAUCACAGGAUGAAAGAUGUGUCUCACAUUGCUAAAUCUGUCCAGACAGCUAUGAAUCUCAAAGUCAAGUUCCCAGAGAUCAUGGCAGGAUUUGACCUGGUGGGCCAAGAGGACAAGGGUCAUUCCUUGUGGCAGCUGAAAGAAGCUUUGCUCUUCCCAGCCACUCAAGGCUUUGACCUGCCUUACUUCUUCCAUGCUGGAGAGACAGAUUGGCAGGGCACUCCCAUAGAUGAGAACAUUCUGGAUGCUCUAAUAUUGAACACCACCAGGAUUGGCCAUGGAUUUGCUCUGAGCAGGCACCCAAUGGCCAGAAAUAUCUCUUGGAAUAGGGACAUUCCUAUAGAAGUGUGUCCCAUCUCUAACCAGGUCCUUCAGUUGGUAUCUGAUCUAAGGAACCAUCCAGCGGCUUCUUUAAUGGCCAGUGGUCACCCCAUGGUGGUUAGUUCUGAUGACCCAUCUGUCUUUGGGGCCAAGGGCUUGUCUUAUGACUUCUAUGAAGUUUUCAUGGCCAUUGGAGGAAUGAAGGCUGAUUUGAGGACCCUCAAACAAUUGGCAUUGAAUUCAAUUAAGUAUAGUUCUCUGUCAGCAGACAAGAAGAAAACUACUGAAGAAGUCUGGCAGAAGAAAUGGGACAAGUUUGUGGAACUAGCUGGGCAGAUAAAGCUAUGAAGUAACUUAGAUCUACUGAAAAUUUUUCUGAUGUUGUAGCUGCCAGAACUGAGCUUUCCUGAACAAACAUCUCAAGUAUUAUCUAUGUCCUGGCUCAUAUACUUAUCUUUGGAAGAGAAAAGGAAUAAGGUGGCUCUGUUACUUUUCUGCAAGUAAAUGAAUCCGUAGGAUUCUUCAGAGCCAUGGGGCAUGUGGUCCAUAGAGCCAAACAACGACAAAUUCUUUAGAGCUCCAGGAAAGUGAAAGUUUUCCUGUGUGCCCAUCAUCUUGAAUCCUGGCUGGCAGUCAACCCUUUCUCUUUAGUUUGUGCCCUUUGGGUGAUUUUGCCAAAAUUUCUUUCCUUUUUUUGGCUACUGGAAGCAGCAGAUAGUGGAGUAAAAAGAGCAUUGGAUUUGGAGUCAGGACAUUUGUGUUUGAAUCUGGCUCCUGAAAAUGAGUUAUAUAGCUACGAAAAAUUAUUUCACCUUGUUCAAUUUUUUCUCCCCAGAUGUAAAAUGAUGACAAUAAGAUUUACACUACCUACCUCACAGGGUGAUAGAAAUGUCAGUAUUAUGCUUAUCUGAAGUGCUCCAGCAGAGCCUAUCAGAUGUGGGGAACAUAUUCCUAUUCUGACUGGAAGAUUUGAUUGGAUGAUUUCUAAGGUAGCUCCAUUCAAGGAUAUGGUUGUUCUCUAAUGAUAACCCUCACCAAUACUCAGGACAAUCUAUUUAGACCUCAAAUUAAUAAUAAUUUUUGUUAUUAAAAUGGCAAAAAGUGGGAUUGACACAAUGGGACAUAUAGAAUUGCUACUGCAGGCUGCCUUGACAAUGCAUGGGGGUGGCUGUCAAGAUUCAAGUCAAGAUCUUGUAUAGCAAGAUCUAUAUAAACUGUUGCAAAGUGAAGCAGUUUUGUUCCUCAGCUAAUGAACAACUCAGGAAUUUAGCAAAUACUUAAUAAAUUUUUUUAUUCAUUCAUAUUAUUUUCAUAUAUAUGCCAGCUGAUAUCACCUCCUUCCCAAAUAUGGGAAAACAAUUAUCCAAAUUCAAGAUACUGUAUCAGAAUCAACUCAAAUCCACAACUUAUGAAUUUCAGCCUAAGUUUUUACCUGAUCAAAUUAAAUUCCAUGUUAACAUAUUGAAUGCAUAAGGAAGUAAUCAAAGCAGAAUAGAUAUGUUCAAAUAGCUCUCUAUGAUCUCAUCAACUUGGGAGUUUCUUUCAGUGAAACCCAUCUAUACCUGUAUAACUCUGAAAUACAUAUUAUCCCAUAAGUUUAUCACAUGAGUCUGCCCAAUCCUUGAUUUCUCUGACAUGGAGGAUACCAGUGGCACACUCUGGCCAUCCACUAAUCAUUUUUAUUCUCACCACAGGACCAAUCUAUCAUUACUCUCCCUUGUAAAAUUUUGAUGAUAUCCUUUAAUAAUAAUAAUUAGCAUUUGUGUAGAGCUUUAAGGUUUUUAAAGAGCUUUAUAAAAUUUCUUAUCUUCACAACAACC